AUGUACUCAUCCAUCAGCGUUGAGCUGGCUCACAACAACCGAUCCAACAGCGCAAAUUCUUACCUGCCCUUGGCUGGUUCAAACCACUACGUGCUCAUAGAGUCCAAGAUUACCAAAAUCAACCUGAAGGCCCCCUUGCUACAUUUGAGUAGGCAAAACCUCCCGGAUCUCAUCAGUAUCCAGAGUUCGUACGAGCUGAAGAGCAACUACACCGGUUACGUCUGUUGUGAGGGCAUGACUUCCAUGUACGAGUACCCCGGCGGAAAAUGCACCUUCAUCAACCGGAAUCAAGCUCUUAGUGACGAGGAUGAGGGGGAGCUUCUUGGACUUGCUGAGACGGCGAUUGGCGGCACUGACAACCCAGUUGGGAAGGAGAAACUGCACGAUGGCUUUAGUGGUGUCAAGGGGUAUCCGACGUCAGUAAAUGCAGGGCACGGUAAGGACUACUUCACGCUCAUUGCAGCCACCAUGCACCCUCUAAGCCGUGGAAAUUUCCACGCCAAUCCUGAAAAUCCUCGGGGGCCUCCUCUCAUUAAUCCAAAGUACCUUUCAAACGAGUAUGACUCGCAAGCAGCCAUCCAAGCCAUCAAGAAAUAUCGCCAGGUUGCUUUAAGGGAAUCUCUGAGAUCCACUUGGGUGUCCGAAUAUGAGCCUGGCUUGAACACGACAACGGACGCACAGAGGCGGGCCUUUGCUCUGAAGACUACCUUGUCCAUCCAUCACCCAGUUGGCUCUUGCGUUAUGCUACCGAAGGCAGACGGCAGGGUUAUAGAUCCAUUGUUCAGAGUCUACAAAAUCGAAAAUCUCAGAGUCGUGGACGCUAGUAUCAUGCCCGUCCUCAUUUUGGCACACAUUCAGACCACGGUGUAUUGCUGGGAAAGCCGCUGA